GAUUUUCUAAAAUGUAUUCGGCCGUUUUUUCUAAAAUGUAUUGCGUUGUUGACCCCAGCUAUUGGACCCUUCAGCCUCCCGGCCGGACUGCACGAUGCCCGUCGCCUCCACGAAACUGAUAUCGGCUAACGUGCGCAUAUUACCCUCCCGAUUCCUUCCUCUCCGACGGUCAACACAUUUCGUUCCGUUGGCUUUUAACUCUUCCCUCGCCUCACCCCUGUCUUGCUCCAUUUGUCCUAAAAGCUUAUCCUUAGCGGAGAAGGACAUUAGAGUUUUAACGAAAGCAUCAAUGGCUGAUUUUGCUACUGGAGAGGGGAAGACCAAAGUAAAAGUGUUCGAUUCAGAAGACGAAUUAAAGGCCUCUUUGGCGAAAUACACUGCCGAGUUGUCGGAGAUAUUUUGCAAAGAGAGAGGCUCCUUUUCUGUAGCUUUCUCCGGCGGGUCUCUCAUCAAGUGCCUCGGGAAAUUGCUAGAACCUCCGUACGUUGACUCUGUGAACUGGUCAAAGUGGCACAUUUUCUGGGUGGAUGAGCGCGUGGUUCCAAAGGACCAUCCGGAUAGCAAUUACUUGCUUGCUUAUGAUUCUUUUAUAUCCAAGAUACCCAUUCCUGCUGGUAAUGUGUAUGCCAUAAAUGAGGCCUUGUAGGCUGAAGGUGCAGCAGAUGAUUAUGAGACUUGUCUCAAGCAUUUGGUCAAAACCAAGAUAGUAUGCAUGUCCGAGUCUAGUGGAUUUCCACAAUUUGAUCUAGUGCUGUUAGGAAUGGGUCCCGAUGGGCAUGUUGCUUCUCUAUUUCCUGGGCAUCCUAUUCUCCGGGAGAAAGAGAAGUGGGUUACGUUCAUUAAGGACUCUCCCAAACCUCCUCCAGAAAGGAUCACUUUCACAUUACCUGUUAUAAACUCUUCUGCAAACAUUGCUCUGGUUGUACCCGGCGCUUCCAAGGCAGAAGCUGUGAAUUCAGCAUUGAGGGGUGGCAGUCAAAAUCCCAUUUCAUUGCCGGUACAAAUGGUCUUGCCUAGAGGGGAACUUGUCUGGUUUUUGGAUAAGGGAGCUGCCUCAGAGCUCUAAGUAUGCAUGUAUAUAUGUAAUCUCAAUAAAGCCGAUUGGUAUACCUUUACAAACUCUAUAGAUUGAGUUUAAUAUGAUACCCGAUUCCAAUGUGUCUAAGGACUAGCACAGGAAAACGUUUUGACAAGUUUGAAUAGGUUUGGGUCUUUUUUCUUGCAUAUAAAUCCAUUUUCCAUUUUGUAUGAUCUUUAUUUAAUCGCUCCACAUGAACCAUAUAUCCGUUUUUCAAACUGUCAUCACCCGAAGUUAUUUGCAGCUUAUUAUUAUUGUUAUC